UUUGAAGAAAAGUCGCCGCGUUCCUCUUGCCUGAUGAAAUCCACUUCUCGUCUAGAUCUAAGCCUCCGCGUGGCUUCCGGAUCAGAUGCUUGGUCCGAUCAAACAACGCUCGAAGCGAGACGAGGCUGCAUGGUUUUUGUGCCUGGAGGUUUCUAAUCCGCGUGGUUAAGGAAACUGGGUACUACAAUUUGUUGCUACAAGUGCCCGAUCCGUCGAAUUGAUGUCUGCCGACCUUCAGAGCUGCGACGUUCCGGGAAUCUGGGGGGAUCUGGAUCUUGGCGGACUGGACAAUUGGGAGGCGUCUAAAGCAUGGCUGGACAAUUGUGAGAUGUGACAUCUUGAAGGCCUUUGCCAUGUUGGGUGCGCUCGCAUGGCAGGCAUCAUAAUAAAGAUGUUGGUUUUGUGUGCUGGGUGGGAGAUCGCACGGGGAAUUGUUUUUUCAUCCCUGGGUUCUCCCGCCCUUUGUGUCCCCGUGCCCUGCUUCGUGUUGUUUGGCUUCUCGUUCUACGCUUCAUCACCGGUGCUGCUGCAAAUUGAACGGAUCUUCUCGUCUCGCUGCGUGCUGCAAAUUGAACGGGGCUACAUCGCAACGCAACACAACACGCAAGAUCUACUGCUGAGCCAUAUGAAGACCUGCUGCCUCAUCAUGGUGUUUGUAUAUGAAGAUCAACUGCCAGUGCCUACACGCUGGACGGAGUAUUUAUAUGAUGUGAAGGUCAACUGUUCGGCAUCGUCGGUAUGAAAUGGCUAUGGCCUUCAAAGCUUCCUUGGUCACUGGACAGGGAAGAAAUUUUCUGCUCAAGCUAAAAAUUAGAUACAAGCUUGUUCAACUUGCACUAUAGUUCAUUUGAGUACUUACCUGUUAUUGAUCUCUAUUGAGUUGAAGCUAGGUUUCAAGUAUCUCCUAAGGUUUCGUAUAGGUGAAAACUAGUGUUUCUUUUUUUUUUUUUUUUUUGCACUACAAUCUGUGACGUUUCAUGCCCUUAGUUUGAGCUUUCUCCUUAGUGAGUUUAUUCUUAAUUUUUCUUCUUUUCCAAAUCAAAAGAUGUUUUGACUUUCCAUAUUUUGCUAUGCAUUUAGUUAAAUCUACACUGU